UCCCAUCAUACCUUGUGGUUCUGUAGAACGACGAACUGACGUAUAUUUAUUGUAUGGUAAACUGUCCUCCACGAUGUCGAAGAGACACCGGAUAGAUGUUGGAGACUCCUCUAAAAGGACACGAAAUGAAGAUGGAGUCAAAGAUGAAAAACCCAAAUCAAUAUUCGAACAGUUCAAUAUACCCAAGCCACAGAUACAAAUGAACCCAUUCACAGGGCUACCCUACUCUCCAAGAUACUUUGAGUUAUUUAACAAAAGGAGCAAGUUACCAGUAUGGGAAUACAAAGAGAAGUUUAUGGAUGUACUACACAAAAACCAGACCUUGGUAUUGGUGGGAGAGACCGGCUCCGGCAAAACGACACAGAUUCCCCAAUGGUGCCUAGAGUGGGUGAGAGCACGGUUUGCCAAGAAAGGAGUGGCUUGUACCCAGCCAAGACGAGUGGCAGCCAUGUCAGUGGCUCAGCGUGUGUCCGAGGAGAUGGACGUCGGCCUUGGACAGGAGGUCGGAUACAGUAUCAGAUUCGAGGAUUGUACUUCAUCAAAAACACUGCUCAAAUAUAUGACAGACGGUAUGUUGUUGAGAGAAGGAAUGUCUGACCCACUGUUGGAAAAUUACGGCAUCAUCAUGCUGGACGAGGCUCACGAACGUACGCUGGCUACAGAUAUCCUCAUGGGUCUGCUGAAAGAGGUCGCCAAGCAGAGGUCAGAUCUAAAAAUCAUCAUCAUGAGUGCCACAUUGGAUGCAGGAAAGUUUCAGAAUUACUUUGACAAUGCUCCCUUGAUGAGUGUGCCUGGACGAACCCACCCUGUAGAAAUCUUCUACACACCGGAGCCUGAGCGAGACUACUUGGAGGCGUCUAUACGGACCGUGGUCCAGAUACACAUGUGUGAGGAGAAGGAGGGAGACAUCCUACUGUUUCUCACCGGACAGGAGGAGAUAGAUGAAGCAUGUAAACGAAUACAAAGAGAAGUUGAUAAUUUGGGACCAGAAAUAGGCGACAUGAAAUGUAUACCGCUCUAUUCCACACUUCCACCAAACCUACAACAGAGGAUAUUUGAACCCGCGCCUGCUAAGAAGGCCAAUGGAGGGAUAGGAAGGAAGGUGGUUGUGUCGACUAAUAUAGCAGAGACCUCCUUAACAAUUGACGGGGUCGUGUUUGUGAUAGAUCCAGGCUUCGCUAAACAAAAGGUGUACAACCCGCGUAUACGAGUGGAGUCAUUGUUAGUAACAGCGAUAAGUAAAGCAAGUGCCCAACAGAGGGCAGGACGAGCUGGACGAACGCAGCCGGGAAAAUGUUUCCGUCUGUAUACAGAACGAGCGUACAAACAGGAAAUGCAGGAAAACACAUACCCAGAAAUCUUACGGUCAAAUCUGGGAUCCGUAGUGCUACAACUGAAGAAACUUGGUAUCGACGAUCUGGUCCACUUUGAUUUUAUGGACCCUCCAGCUCCUGAGACACUGAUGAGAGCUCUUGAAUUGUUGAAUUACCUGGCAGCCCUAGAUGACGAUGGAGAACUGACAGAGCUAGGGUCCAUGAUGGCCGAGUUCCCUCUCGACCCACAACUGGCCAAGAUGGUGAUAGCCAGUUGUGACUUUACCUGUUCCAAUGAGAUUUUGUCAAUAACUGCCAUGCUGUCAGUCCCACAGUGUUUUGUGCGACCUACCGAGGCAAAGAAGGCAGCCGAUGAGUCCAAGAUGAGGUUUGCUCACAUCGACGGGGACCACCUCACUCUCCUCAAUGUAUACCACGCAUUCAAACAAAGCCAGGAAGAUCCCCAGUGGUGCUACGACAACUUUGUAAACUUCCGAUCACUGAAGAGUGCUGACAACGUACGGCAGCAGUUGGCCAGGAUAAUGGAUCGAUUCAAUCUACGGCGAUCCAGCACCGACUUCACCAGCCGUGACUACUAUCUGAACAUCAGGAAGGCUCUUGUAUCAGGAUUUUUCAUGCAGGUUGCCCAUUUAGAGAGGACUGGGCACUACCUGACGGUGAAGGACAGUCAGAUUGUCCAGCUUCAUCCUUCCACCUGCCUUGACCAUAAACCAGAAUGGGUUCUUUACAAUGAGUUUGUACUGACCACAAAGAAUUACAUUCGCACAGUGUCUGAUGUCAAACCUGAUUGGUUGAUAGCAGUAGCUCCUCAGUAUUACGACAUGGAAAACUUCCCACAUUGUGAGGCUCGCCGACAACUAGAGAGGAUCAUAGCUAAGAUGCAGACCAAGCAGUACCAAGAGGGAUUCUAAAUGAUCAAUGUCGUUUGGCAUCAUUACCAGCCAGGCCUGAGGUCAAGGUCAUAUGAAAUGUCAUCCGUACCAGCCAGGCCUGACGUUAAGGUCAUUUGAUAUAUCAUCUGUACCAGCCAGGCCUGAGGUCAAGGUCAAGGUCAUAUGCAAUCAAUGCCUACCAGAGAUUGGAUUUGUCAUCAUUACUGAGAAGACCUAAGAAACAAACGAGAUAUUACGAGAUAAACUGUUUCAUCUUAUGAAGGAUGUGUACUAGUAACUAGUGGUGCAGAUAUUUAUGUUUAAUUUAAACAUUCAAGAUUCUGUCAAGACUUGGAGAAUGAUAAAAGUAAUGUUGUGUUUUUGUCAUUGUUGAAAUAGAGGGAUUGUUUUUCUCCAGAUAGACAAUACAAGCAGGAAACUACCCAGUAAUCAGAAUGUUCAACGGAAUCAUUCAUUUUGAUAUGAAACAUUUUCAAAAAUAAACACGAAACACUCUUUUUUUGUCAGAAAACACUUUCAUUCUAGAAAACAUUUAGAUCUAUAACAAGAAACAAAAACAAGAUAUUAAAUUGCUUGUUUUCAUUCUUGUCAUCUAUCAUCAUCAUCUUCAUCAUCAUCUUCGUCUUCAUCAGUUUCAUCAUCGUUAUCAGUUGAGUUGUGGUUGUUGUUAAUGUAUGCAGUCAUUGUGUCGACAUGUGAUGUAACUCAGAAACAUUAAACGCCUUUAAUGAUGUCGUGUUUGUUGGAGUCAUUGAGGAACCUCGCCAUCAACAGGAUACAUGAUUAUAAGUAAUUCUUCAUAACGUGUUACAUGUCGUACAGAUUUGUCCUGAUAAAUGACCAUUGCAUUAAAAUGUGAAUGGAAAA